ACCUUGGUCAGUGAUUUGCUCACAACCGGCGCGUUUGGAUGUGACACACCAAACACUUCCUCCGAAACAAGCGAACUCAUUGAAGGGUUUUUGGCUGAAAGGUCCUGUGUUUAAAAUUAUAAGAUGUUUUUGACCAGAUCGGAGUAUGACAGAGGUGUGAACACAUUUUCUCCUGAAGGAAGAUUGUUUCAGGUUGAAUAUGCCAUAGAGGCAAUAAAAUUGGGCUCCACAGCCAUCGGGAUCCAGACAUCUGAAGGGGUGUGUCUGGCUGUGGAGAAGAGGAUCACCUCUCCCCUGAUGGAGCCCAACAGCAUUGAGAAGAUUGUAGAGAUCGACAGUCACAUUGGUUGUGCCAUGAGUGGCUUGAUAGCUGAUGCCAAGACUCUUAUCGACAAAGCAAGAGUGGAAACACAGAACCACUGGUUCACUUAUAAUGAGACAAUGACAGUGGAGAGUGUGACUCAGGCUGUGUCCAACCUGGCGCUGCAGUUUGGUGAGGAAGAUGCAGACCCUGGUGCCAUGAGUCGACCCUUUGGUGUAGCACUUCUGUUUGGGGGAGUUGAUGAAAAAGGACCCCAGCUGUAUCACAUGGAUCCAUCAGGAACAUUUGUGCAGUGUGAUGCUCGGGCUAUCGGUUCUGCAUCUGAGGGAGCACAGAGCUCUCUGCAAGAGGUCUACCACAAGUCCAUGACAUUAAAAGAGGCCAUCAAGUCGUCUCUCACUAUUCUGAAGCAGGUCAUGGAGGAGAAGCUCAACGCCACCAACAUUGAGCUGGCAACAAUAGAGCCUGGUAAGACCUUCCACAUGUAUUCCAAAGAGGAGCUGGAAGAGGUAAUCAAGGACAUCUAGAGCAGAAAAGACUUGGUCUCGGUUUGAGUUCUGGCCACGAGUGAAGAGGAUGCGAAAAUGCACCUGGGCCGAAUGUCACAAAGCAACCAUAACUUUCUACCCGUACAUUCUCAUUAAUACUGCAUUCAAAAUUUUUGGAUUGCAAAAGAGGUUUCUAUAUACAAUGUGCUAAUUUUUCUUUACAUCUCUCAGUAUCUGUACAUGUUUGUACAGAAGUCUGACCAGGACUUACAACUGAGUGGCAGGGGAAAAAAAUGUG